AAACAAGACAAGAAAAAUAUUAUUCAUAAUUUUCCUUCUCCCUUAGUUUCCACCAAUCCGAACGUAGCAUAAAUUCUCACAGUAUCAUUUACCCUUUUAAAAGGAGGCUGUGUGUUUUCUUUUCUCCACAUCCAUCCAAAUUUUCCCAAACCGACACCGCAUACACGCACGUUUAGGCGAAUCCACUUCAAUCUAUUCUCUCCGUCUUUGUCUGUGGACUUCACCUCUUCCAUGGAGUUCUCUGCAACCAUCUCCAUGAAAGCCUCUUCCUACUAUUCUUCUCUUUUCUCUGUCUCCCCAAACACUACGCCUAAGCGUAGGUUCUUUGCCCACAAAACCCAAUAUCCUUCCUUCUCCUUUACGUCCCUUAAUUGCAUCCGCUCGGAUUCCAAAUCCAAUUCUUCUGAUAACCCUAACGUUUCUCGAUUUUCGUGCUCUGCUGUUGCUUUCUCUCCUUCGCCUGCCACUGACCUUGUGGCUGGUAAGCUGCACCAUCUGAUAAACGAAUUCCAAUCCCUCCCCGAAUCAAUCUACCGAGUGAAACGAGUCCUUCACUAUGCCUCUCUUCUCCCUCCUUUUCCGGACUCGUCCCGUAUUGACUCCAAUCGGGUCAUGGGCUGCACGGCCCGAGUCUGGCUCGAUGCUCAGCUUGAUCCCUGUGGAAAGAUAAGAUUUUUAGCUGACAGCGAUUCGGAGAUUACACGAGGGUUAUGUGCUUGUUUGUUAUCGGUGCUGGAUGGGGCGGCACCCGAAGAGGUGUUGAGCUUCAAGACAGAGGAUUUGGUGGCGCUGAACGUGGGGUUGCCUGGCGGCGAGAGGUCGAGAGCGAAUACUUGGCAUAAUGUGUUGGUGAGUAUGCAGAAGAGGACGAAGAAAUUGAUAGCGGAAAGGGAAGGGAAGAAGCCUUUCGAUCCAUUUCCUUCAUUGAUUAUCACUUCAAAGGGUAUUCAAGCCAAGGGAAGCUACGCCGAAGCCCAGGCAAGAUAUUUGUUACCAGAUGAGUCCAAGGUUCACGAACUUGUCAACUUGCUAAAGGAGAAGAAAAUUGGUGUUGUUGCCCACUUUUACAUGGACCCUGAAGUUCAAGGAGUCUUAACUGCUGCACAGAAGCAUUGGCCUCACAUCCAUAUAUCUGAUUCAUUGGUCAUGGCAGAUAGUGCUGUAAAGAUGGCUAAAGCUGGAUGCAAAUUCAUAACAGUCUUGGGUGUAGAUUUUAUGUCGGAAAAUGUGCGUGCAAUUCUUGAUCAAGCUGGCUUUGCAGAGGUUGGUGUUUAUAGGAUGUCAAAAGAGCGCAUUGGUUGUUCUUUGGCAGAUGCUGCUUCUAGCCCUGCUUAUAUGAAUUAUCUUGAGGCAGCUUCUGGGUCUCCGCAUUCUUUGCAUGUUGUUUACAUAAAUACUUCACUUGAGACAAAAGCUUAUGCUCAUGAGCUUGUGCCUACAAUAACCUGUACUUCUUCUAACGUUGUGCAAACUAUCCUGCAGGCUUUUGCUCAAAUUCCAGAUUUAAAUGUGUGGUAUGGGCCUGAUUCAUACAUGGGUGCCAAUAUUGCAAAAUUGUUUCAACGAAUGACAAUGAUGACAGAUGAGGAAAUUGCAGAAGUACAUGCGGCACAUAAUAGAGACACCAUAAAAGCAUUGCUACCUCGCUUGCAUUAUUAUCAGGAUGGAACUUGUAUUGUUCAUCAUCUCUUUGGAAAUGAAGUUGUUGAUAAGAUAAAUGAUAUGUAUUGUGAUGCUUUCCUAACUGCUCACCUUGAGGUCCCUGGAGAAAUGUUUUCCUUGGCAAUGGAAGCCAAGAGGAGAGGAAUGGGUGUUGUCGGUUCCACCCAAAACAUAUUAGAUUUUAUAAAGCAGAGAGUUCAAGAGGCACUAGAUAGAAAUGUCAAUGAUCAUCUCCAAUUUGUUUUAGGAACAGAAUCAGGAAUGAUCACUGCAAUUGUUGCUGCAGUUCAGCGUUUGUUAGGUUCUGCAAAGUCUUCUGGGGAUGCCAAAAUUAAUGUUGAAAUUGUUUUUCCCGUCUCAUCAGACUCGAUAACAAGAACAUCACCAAAUUCAUCUCCUGGUCUAAAAUCAGUAAACACAGGGGACUUCAUGUUACCUGUUGUUCCAGGAGUUACUAGUGGGGAGGGAUGUUCUAUUCAUGGUGGCUGUGCUUCCUGUCCAUAUAUGAAGAUGAACUCUCUUAAUUCCCUUAUAGAAGUUUGCCAGCACCUGCCUGAUGAGAAAAAUGCCAUUGUGGCAUAUGAGGCUGAGCGAUUUAAAGUGCAAACUCCCAGCGGAAGAUCAAUUGCAGAUGUUGGAUGUGAACCGAUACUGCACAUGAGACACUUUCAGACUAGAAAAGAAUUACCAGAGAAGCUAGUAAAUGAGGUUCUUCGCCUCAAUAGCAAUAAGAGGCCAAUAUCAUAAGGCUGAAAAUUUCUGCCUCUUCUUAGAAGUUGAGAUACUUGCUAAUUUAUAGAGAAGCGAGGUAUGAAAGGGUAGAAAAAGUGAGAGAUUCCCCCUCCCUUUAUUCUUUCUUCUAUAGAAUGUUGUCUUAGAUUUACAGAAAAUGAAUCAAUUCAUGAUAUAAUGUUUUAUGUUGUAACCA